AUGGAGGGAGAAGAUCUAACUGUCAAGCAUAUUCCUGAUAAUGCAGAAGUGAGGAUUGUAAAAUCGAAUGUUAUAUAAAGAGAUGAAAAGGGAGAAAUUAUUAAAUAAUAUGAAAUGAAUAUAGAAGUAUAUCUUCCUAUCAGAUAAAAACCAUAUUUAGGAGGAUAUAAGAGUAAUAAAAACGGUUUAGUCUAUCAUCACGCCUUUGCAUAAACUGAUUAAAAAUAUCGCGAACAUAAACUUAAAUUCCACAGAGAAUCAUAAACAUAUGAGUACUCUACUAAAUCUUCUAAAGUUAUGAGAGAACUAGGCACAUAAAUGGAACGUGAAGGCAUUUUUAUAAGCAAAUUAACUGAUGUAGAGGUUGAAGCAUAACCUUAUUUCCAUUCAAAUAUGUGGGAAGAAAGAAGAGAAGAGGCUGCCCUAUAUAUACAAAGAAAAGUAAGAGGAUGGAGGGCUCGUAGGAUUACCGAAAAGCUCAAAAAGUAAAAGGAAGAAAAAAGAAGAGAAUAACUUGAGAAGGAAGAAGAGUAUCGUCGUAAUGAAGAAGCAAAGCAUAAAAGAGAAAUUGAAAGGCGUACUCACCCAAGAACUAAAGAAGAUUUUAACAUUUUAUACGACGAAUUAGAAUUAUGGAGAACUAAUGAAAUUCAAAAGAUCAAGGAAAAUACAAGUUUGUCUGAGCAAGAAAGAAAGACUUUGUUGAAAUAAAUUCUUGAUAAGGAAACUGAUUUGUUAUAGACUAUUGAUAGAUUAAAAAUUAUAGCUUCAAAAGAAAAUAAAGAAGAAAAAAUUAAUAAGUUCUUAAAGUAAAUGAGUGAUCCAAAGAAAUGGCUACGUAGUGAUGGUCGCUACACCGAAGUACAUACUCCCUUCACAGUUCGUUCAAAAGAACUCAUGGACAUAUAUAAUGGUUUGAGAUUAAAGAACUUAACUAUAGAUGAGAGAUUAGAUAUAUUACUAAAUACUAAAUGGACAGUUAAAGAAUGGGAUUGCAAUUUAACUAGAGAAAUAGUCGAGCUUAUUGAUAGAGAAGCCGAUAUGUUAAAUCGUGGUCGCCCAGAGGCUUCCCUCGAAGGUCUAAGGUAAAGACUCUGUAACUUAUUUUUAUAGUUUAUUGAAACUCCAGAAUUCAAUCCAGAAGCUGCUAGAUUUCAGAAGAUCCCUUACGAAAUAUUAGUCAGUACAUAAGCAUAUACAAACAGUAAAAGAUGA